UCACCACGUCGUUCUCAGUGAAACAUUCUGGCCUGUGCAGCUGUCUGAAUUAAAGUGUUUCUUUCUCUCGUCUUCUACGAUUGACUGACUGCAAGAGUUGAUAAUCUAUUAAUUUGUCUGUCCUCACUACGAUAAUACUAAAAAAAUGGCUGCCUGCAACGUUGUCGUUGGAAUAUUUGCAAUGUUACUGGUAUUCGGUCGCAUAGGCUUGGCAAUCAAGUGCUAUGAAUGCAACAGUCACAACGACUCCCGCUGCAACCUGGAACCCGUGCCCGAAAAUCUCAAGAAGGACUGCUCCGAACACGUCGGAGGAGUCAAGUACACAAUGUGCCGCAAAAUAGUCCAGAACAUUGACUUCGAGGUGAAUGGAAAUCCUCCCAAUGUACGAGUUAUCCGCGGCUGUGGAUGGGACGAAUCCAAUUAUGUGGGUCGCUGUUACCAGAGAUCUGGCUUUGGAGGUCGUCAGGAAGUGUGUUCCUGUGUGAAAGACUAUUGCAACGGUUCAAUGAAAAUGUCGACAUCACUUACACUGGCUGUAUGCACAGGGCUCAUAGUGGUGUUGAGUCGACUUCUACUAUUCUGAGACGUCCCUCAAUGUCCCAGCCACCCCUGGUCGUUCCCAAAUAUCGCAUAGAUUAUGAAAUAAUAAAAGUGCAAAUUACAAAUUUUAUAUUGGUAGAUAUGUCUAUUAAUUUUCUAAUAUCUGACUAAAAUUGAUAAGAAAAAAAUAAAGAUAAUCAACGUCAGAACAUAUUCAUUAUUAAACCGUGCAAGACAUACUUGCAUUCAAGUUGCAUGUAUUUAAACAAAAUCAGUGCUCUGAAAUCAGCUACGUCUUCUGUUGUAAUGCAUGAUUUCAUGAUCACUUCCUUGUUUCUGUGGUUGUGUUGGUAAGUUCACUUCAUACGUUACAAUAACGCUCAUGGUAGAUUGCUUCCAGUUGUAAGUAAAUCACACAAAAGAGAACAUCCCUUAAAUAUUGUAACCCAGUUUCAUAAAUUUCGCCACGAAAAUGCGUUCUAUAUAAAUUAUCUGUUGUUUAUUCCGUCAAGUUUAGUCUCUAUGGUGAACAAUUUCAAGAGGGGGGGGGGGGUUGAAAUGGGAUUCUACAAUUUGAUUUUAGUAAUUCAUAUUGUAAUGAAAAAUGGGUACUUUAUCACAAAACUCAAUCACUGUGAUAAUUCCAUGUGUCUGAAAUUUGGAUCAAUGUACAAUUGAAAACAAGGAAAUGAAUGUAAUUAUGUGCCAAUUUUUUUUAGUAUGUCUGUAAUCUAUUUAUAGAAUUAACAAAUUUGUUGAUAUCUUAAAAAAUACUAAAAAUUUACGAUAUAA